GAUAUUAAGGGCGGUGGGUGUGGAUGUUUACUUUCGUUUACGUAUUUUUACCUUUUAUUUUUCCACAGGAUUUAAUUGAACAGCAUCAUGGCCGUAGAAGGUGGAGCAAAAUGUAUCAAAUACCUGCUCUUUUUCUUUAAUUUCAUUUUCUGGGUGUGUGGCUUGGCCUUAAUAGUUCUGGGCGUAUUGGCAAAAGUUUCUAUCAACACCACAGCCUUCCUUAAUGGAUACGCCGGGGCUCCUCUAGUGCUCAUAGUGGUGGGAGUCAUCAUCUUCUUCAUCGCAUUCUUUGGCUGCUGUGGCGCCUGGAAGGAGAAUCAGUGCAUGAUCACCAUGGUAGGGAUAAAAAUGUGCAUUGUGUGUGCUGUUGUGUCCUGCGCAGGGGUCUAUAUCCUGAUUGCGGCUGGGGGUCUGGUGAUGCUGGUGGGCUUCUUCGGCUGCUGUGGAGCCGUGAGGGAGUCUCAGUGCCUUCUGGGAUUGUUUUUCGCCUGUCUUCUGGUCAUCUUUGGAGCAGAAGUCGCUGCAGGAGUGUUUGGGUUCCUCAACAAAGACGAGAUCAUUAAGGAAAUAAAACAAUUCUAUGACGAAUCGGCAAGAAACAAUAGCAGUAACACCACCGUCAAGUCCUACCACAGCAUUCUAAACUGCUGCGGCUCGAGCAGCGUGUGUCUGGACGCGGCGUCAAACCAGACGUGUCAUGAGGCCAUUGAAGAGUUUUUCAACAGUAAGCUCUUCAUCGUGGGUUAUGUUGGGAUCGGAAUCGCGGGAGUCAUGAUUAUUGGCAUGAUCUUCAGUAUGGUCCUGUGCUGUGCCAUCCGGAACAGCAGGGAGGUGAUCUAACGCAGUCUUCCUCACCUGAACAUGACCUUUCACCUUUGACACUUAACUUUUGCUGGACUUGCAUAUACAACUAGAACAUUCCAACCUAGUUCAAGGUAUUCUUCUGCCACUCAGGAACCGAGAACAAACUCCGCUUUCAUAAUCCUGUACACCUCAACCAACCAAUGGUUUAGUCCGGUCCUAGUUGUUUAAACUCAGAUUGCUGGAUCGUCUUUAUUUUUAAUGCCUGCUGGUUGGGUGCAGAGCUGGAUCUUCCAAUUGCGACAAACACGAGUUCGUUUUAAUAUAAUUUAGAUUUCGACUUCUGGUGCACACUGAUCUGCUCUUUCAGAGAGUUUGCACAUUUAUGUAUUGAUGCUAUUCCAGGCUGUUGCUGCGUUGCUUCGCAUGCCAGAUAAAAAUAUUGUGUAAUGUGAUGCCACUGGUUCUGUGGCAAACCCGCAGCCGCUGGGAAUGGCGGAAAGAGGACCCACGGAUGCUUUUCGCUUUACGUUUGUACACAAACAAGGUGGUCUUCUACGUCACCGACACAUGCAAACAAAUGCUUACCGAAAGAUGCACACAUGCGCACAAAACCCACAUGUUGGUGAUCUUCAGAAGAACCUUUGUGUCCAUACCAUCCAGUGAGCCCUCUUAAAGGGACAGCUCACCCAAAAAUCAUCUUUCUCACCCAUGUUGUUCCAAUCCUGACUUUAUAACUCACAAUUGCGAGUUUAUAUGAAGCAAUACUGAGAAAAAAGUCAGAAUUGCCGGUUUACAGCGGGUCUUGCGAUUCUGACUUCAUUUCUCACAGUUGCGAGUUUGUUUCGCAAUUCAGAGUAAGGAUUGCACGUUUUGAGAAAAAAGUCAAACUUGUGAAAUGGAAGGCAUAAUUGUGAUAUUGUGCAUUUACUUUAUUUUAUUCUGGCUUUAAAUACAAAAGUUAUUUUGAAGAAUGUUGGUAACCAAACAUUGGCUUCCACAGUAUGGAGAAAAAUACUAUGGAAGUCAAUGCAGGUCAAUGGUGUCAACUAUAAGGUUACCGACAUUCCUCGAAAUGCAGUCACAACUCGAGGGUGAUUUUCAGCUGAACUGUCCCUUUAAGUCUUGCUUGCCCUCCGAAUCCCUCCACGCAGUUUCCACUUCAGGAGAGGCACACUAACACAUAUUCGCAUAUGCAUUUGAACUCACGUCAACACCGAUGAUCGGGUUUCUGUUAUGCAAUAACCUGGCUCAACUGAAGCCUCCACUGAUAACGGUACAGCCUGGUAUUCUCUGGCACGAUGGAGCCAAAUCUUCUCAUUCUCAAGCUGGAUUUUAUGGUGUAGAGUUGCCUGGUUAUUUUACACACGCAGCUAAGUAAAGACCCUGAAGAUCCACUGACACUGUCUUGUGCCUUCUACCGUCUAUAAUUGGUUGCAUCCAACCAUCUGCGCUGUGAAUAUGAAACGGAUCAGACAUGACCGACAUCUGAAUCACUUGCUUAAUUCAUUCAACAAACAAGGAUGGUUCAAGCAGUGUCCUUAAGUGGAGUUAUUAGAAGAAGAACUAGUUUCGCUUACUUUUAAGGCGUCCUUGUUACAGUGUAAUUGUACAUUUAAGUACUUUUAAUAUUAACGAACUGCAUGUUUGGGUAGGUUUAGGCUUACUUGCAUGAAAUGAUGCAUAAUUAUUAUUUUUUUAUUAUAAUGGGAAGUACGUGUAACAUGUAACAAGAACAACUUAAAGUAAAGUGUGACUAAAGAGUUGUUAUUAUAUCUAUAUAAGAUGCAUGAGUAAGUUAUAAAUGCAUUGGUGGACUAAUUGGGAGACUGUCCAUGUGAAUACCUUUGUACUCACGUUCAUUUGCUUCGUUUUUUUAGUUGAUUUAGCGAUUUUGUCGGAUGGGACGGUGAAGUAACGAGAGAGGGAAAAGGGAUCACUCAAAGCACAUCCGUGCCAUUUUUUUUUUGAGGUUUAAAUUGGAUUUAGUUUCUCCGAUUUUCAAUGCGGUCUGAACCCCACAUUUUUAACCUAAAAUUUUGGUACUGGACAAAAAAAAAAGUCUUCAACUUCAAGUGAUCGAAUCCAGGUUUCUGAAAUGAACACUGAAGUAUUUAAUCGCAUAUAGAAACUGGCUUAGUCCAGAUGUUCUCGACACAUUGUCAAAAAUGUCUUGUUUUAUCAAAGCAUCGAUUGCAUGUCAAAGAGAAGUCACUUACAAGCCAAGCAGCUUUCUGUUUGUCUCACCCAAACUUGAAAUGACCGCAUUUCUCCUGUAAAAUGUUCCUAAGCGACGGUAAAUGUGAGCGUAUCUUCAGUCUUACGUUCUGUGUACAUAUCUGUGAGAGUUUCACGAGUUGUCAUAGUAGUUGUAGCGAUCGUGAUCAUCUGUCUUGUGCGGUUAAUGUGUAUAGAGGCAGUUUUGCCCAGUGUACAGCCGUUUUUGUUUCACAUCAUGCAUUUGAAGGUGCCUUUGUUUUUAUUCAACCCGAAAAAACAACGUAGUAUUCGGUUGAACGUUGUCGUUGUUUUAAGAGAAGGGAUCGGAAAAGGGACGAAAUCUCUUUUUUUGUUAUUUAUAAUAGGGCAGCCGUUGGUUGGUCAGAUGUAUUUCUGCUGGUGCGUCACUGCUGAAGUUCCUCAAGAUGAAAUGGCAUUAGAGUAGCGAUUAGGAUACGUCGUAGUCGACGCUAACGGAGUGUAACACGUGAAACAAGUGUUCCGUUCGCAUUCAAUGUUCAAGUAGAUCCGUCCUCGUGCCCAAAAGCAACCCUGUUCAGGCUGUACGAUAACUAGUACGGAGCAUGUAGCGCGGCUUUCGAGUAGAGGCUCUGUCGUAAACUAUGAGUGUGUUAUUCCUACACUUUGUGUAAGCAAUGUCAAGAUUUUUUUUUUGUACUGUAAACAGAACACUGCAGCCUUUCGAUGUUAGUGCUCACAAUUUGUGUGUUUUAAUUUAUUUUUCUGGAGAGCAAGUUCAAAACAGCAUUCGGGUUUCUCAGGAACACUGCAGCACGAGAACAAAUAAACUUGUUUGAAGUUUCUGAUUCUUGCGUUUUU